AUGAUAUCACACCCGGCUAGCCAACGGCUAGCAUUGAACUUCAGGGAUUCCAUAUGGUUAUUAGCGCGUAGCGCUAGGUCUCGCUCAUCAACCAAUAAAUUGAACAGUGGAAUCUCGCUUGGCCUGGCGUUGGCCUGGCGCUUCCGGUGGCACUUUCACUGGAUUUUGGAGAUCUUUGCCCAGGCGCUCAAACUCUAA